AUGUCAGACUUUGCUGAUCUGUGGAAUAGCGUCACCCCCAGCGCAAGCAAACAGCCGGCCAAUCAAUCUCUCGGUAGCCAACUGAAUGCUGCGAGCAAGAGCACACUAGGGACUGGCUCCCAACCCGGCUCGCGGGCGCAUACUCCCUCGUAUUUCUCGAGUUCUGUCAUAUCACCACAACCUGUUGGUCAAGCUCAACGCCAGAACCCCAGCCUGACUGUUACUGGAAUUUCGGCCAAAUCACCCGCGUCGGCCAGAUCCCCGCCAAGUGCAAGUGCGGGCGAUGCGUUUGGGGACCUCUUUGCACUAUCUGGCGCAUCCCAAGCAAAGAAUAUGACAAUUGCCGAACGUCAGGCUCAGGCAAACCAGGCUCAAGCCAAAGCCCAGGAACUCGCCAGAAAGGAACGGGAAAAAAACGGGGCAUUCUGGGACCAGCUGGAAUUUUCUACGUCUGGGAGAUCCACACCAAUGAGCAAUCCGAAUCGCUCUACACCGUCUCUUGUACCUCAACCUCAGACCCAGGCCCCGCGAAUAAAUACCGAGCUCUUGGUCCCUUCGCGCGCAUCUCCUCUACCAUCAUCCAAGCCAAGUGGGUCAGCUAUAACACCCGCUUCCAAUGCCGAUAUGUGGGACCUGGAUUCUUUUCUUACCUCCAGCAAGCCUGUAUCUCCAGCCCCUGCUUCGUCAUCAGUUGUUUCCCCAGGGCCCAAGAGUGCCCAAACAAACCGUGAUUUGUUUGACCUCUUAGACUCGACGCCGGCCACAGGGCAAGGGAGUCCAAGUGUCUUAGGGAAAAACUCCCUAGAGCGUUCUGGGACCCCCGGCGAUUUCGACUGGGGUGACCGGGAAGAUGGUGACGAUCUUUUGGGCGAAUUGGGUAAACCUGUAGCACAGGCGCCUAAUGAGGAUCCAAGAACCGACGCCCAACCCACCCCGUCCAACCGUCAUGAACAGGCACCUAAAAAGAGGCAUGGGUCGCCUCCCCCGCAUAUUCUCGGUCAAAUUGUCGAAAUGGGAUUCUCUGUUCAACAAGCCAAGGUAGCACUUGCUAACACAUCCACUGGAACAGAUGUCCAAGCAGCCCUCGAAGCGCUACUUGCUGCGGGCGUACCGGAUUCGAGGCAAGAUCAGAGAUCUAGCGAGGAUGGUCUGGAGCGGUUUAGAGCUGAAGAUGAAGCUGUGCGAGAACAGUAUGAAAUAGAGCGUCAAGGACGGCGUACAAGACCAACUCGUAAUGCUGCACCUGAGCCAGCUAACGAUGAACCAACACUACAGCUACAAGAAAGGGCGGAUCAGCUUAUGGCGCAGGCGUCUCUAUUUGGAUCUAGCAUGUUGAAUCGGGCCAACGCAUUAUGGAAAGAAGGUAAAGAAAAGGCGCUGAAAGCCUACGAAGAGCAUGGUGCCGCUAGCACAAGCUCUGGGCGCUCCAGAGAUUCUGCGCGUCCGGCAUGGAUGGCUGAAGCAUCAUCUCCCUCCCGAGAUAACGAUACUCGGAUUCCGGAACAUUCUGGGUUUCGGGACGACGGCUCGGAUUCGGUUUUGCCUGCUCGGCCACAGCCCAAGCCGAGGCGAUCAGCUCCAGAUCGACAGAUAUCACAGCCGACGAUCGUCACGACCGCUCCUUCUCGGCCAGCAGACAAACUCGCAUCCUUAUUUUCCGAUACCACUACCUAUGUUUCUCCUUCACGCCGAAAAGCACCGUCACAUACCCCCACACCCAUUCAAUCCUCGCCUGUAGAGCAUCGCAUAAAAUCACCGGUCGUUCAACUUCGUACGCGUAACAACCCCACAGUCUCGGCGGAUAUACUUUCUGUAGUGCAAACACACAGAACUAAAGGCACUGAUUCAUUUAAACUGGGGCAAUACGGUGUAGCCAUUGAGUCAUAUACUGCUGCACUAGAGCUACUUCCAGAAGAACAUCUCACCAGGAUACCGCUUCUGAACAAUCGAGCCGCCGCACGGUCCAAGAUAGGUGAUACUUCGGGAGCCACCGAGGACUGUACCGCUGUUCUGCAAGCGAUCGGUGACGAUUUUGAUCCAGCAAGGGAAGCACCUGUUCCCGACGUGGAUCUUAAUGGAGCUUUUGUAAAGGCCUUGCGCCGCCGGGCCGAGAUGCUGGAGAGCACCGAAAAGUGGAAACGGGCAAGGGAAGACUGGGAACGACUGGUCAAGGCGGGCGGAGCCUGGGCUGGAAGCAAAGCAAGUUCCGAUGGUGUGCAAGGCGCAGGGCGCUGCAAACGUAUGGAAGACGGAGGUGGUGCCCCUGUCUCGAAGCCGCAUGGUUCCGUCACCUCUACGAAACCAAAGCCACGACCGAGACCAAGACCGGCACCUGCGAGGACGACCCCGUCGAAUCCCGAGGACUCGGCAGUUCACCGUCUCAAGGUUGCGAAUGCGGCCGCGGAAGCUGAGGGGGAUCAAAAGCAUGCACUCAAAGAUAGUAUUGACGCACGUGUUUUGGCAUGGAAAGGAGGCAAAGAGAACAACAUCCGGGCAUUGAUAGCAUCCUUAGAUACGAUUCUAUGGCCGGAGCUUGGAUGGACCAAAGUUGGAAUGCAUGAACUCGUCAUGCCGAACCAAGUCAAAAUCAAAUACGUCAAGGCCAUCGCCAAGGUACAUCCAGAUAAGUUAAAUACGGGCUCCACGACUGUGGAACAAAGGAUGAUAGCGAACAGUGUUUUUGGGGCGUUGAAUGAGGCCUGGAAUGCAUUCCAACCAUAG